AGUAUUCCCAAAUAUUAUGUCAUUAUCAGAAGACACUAUGGCAAGGUACCUGCCCUCUCCACCCCCGUAGGAAAAAUGAGCAAGAGUAAAUCAACCACUGGUGUGUUGAAAAAACGACUUGUCAUCAUGCCUAGUUUCUUUCUAAGAAUCCAGAUUUUUCCAUUCAGCUUAGACACCUCCAACCCUACCAGUAUUUAAAUGCCACCAGCAUGCCUUCCUUCCUUAACUAGAAAACUUUUGAUCAAGGUUUGGAUAUCCAGAAAUCUCUUAAGAAAUGGACACGGGACCCUAUUUACAAGAAUGGGAAGGGUAUGUAGACUGGAGAAAUAGACCAGCCUUGAAGGGCCGCCAUGGUGGUGUUCUUGCUGUAUCUUUUGUCUUGGUUGUAGAGAUAGUGGAGAACCUAGCAUACCUGGCGAAUGCAAGCAACCUAGUGCUUUACCUGUCAAAAUUCAUGCAUUUCUCUCCAUCUAGUUCAGCCAACAUUGUCACCAACUUCAUGGGCACAUCAUUCUUCCUUGCUCUCCUUGGUGGGUUUUUGUCUGAUGCCAUCUUCACCACCUACUCCAUCUUUCUAAUAAGUGCAACAAUUGAAUUUUUGGGUCUGUUGAUGCUCACAGUUCAAGCACAGAUACCUUCUCUGAAACCAUCAGUUUGUUCAUCACCUAACAGAAACACCCCUUGUCAUGAAGUCAAAGGUUCGAAGGCAGCAAUGUUAUUUGCUGGCCUCUAUCUGGUGGCACUUGGUGUUGGAGGAAUCAAAGGUUCACUUCCUCCACAUGGAGCUGAACAAUUUGAUGAGCAAACCCCACGGGGAAGGAAGCAGAGAUCAACCUUUUUUAAUUACUAUGUGUUCUGCCUUUCUUGUGGAGCACUAAUUGCAGUUACAUUUGUGGUGUGGAUUGAAGACAAUAAAGGCUGGCAAUGGGGGUUUGGUAUUGCCACUAUAAUGAUAUUAGCCUCCAUUGUAGUUUUUCUCCUAGGCUCUGCAACUUACAGGAACAAAGUCCCUACAGGAAGCCCCAUUACAACCAUCUUCAAGGUCCUGGCUGCAGCACUGUGCAAUUCUUUUCUUCGUAAGAAUCCUAGAAAUGCUAUUGCUAGCAUGAGUGGAACUGAGACUAGUGAUGAAGAAGGGCGCUCUAAAGCAAAGGCAGAAAUUCAGAAUGCAACGGAGGAUCAUGGAUUCCUUAACAAAGCAGCAAUCGAGAAGCCAGAGUUCCCAUCACUAUAUUGUACUGUCAAAGAAGUAGAAGAAGUUAAGAUAGUCCUCAGAAUACUGCCCAUAUUCAUGUCUACUAUUAUGCUGAACUGCUGCCUAGCUCAGCUGUCCACAUUUUCAGUCCAGCAAGCAGCCACCAUGAACACAAAGAUUGGCUCUUUAAGGAUUCCACCAGCUUCUCUUCCAGUGUUUCCAGUUCUCUUUGUCAUGGUACUAGCACUAGUGUACAACCAUAUAAUCAUCCCAUUUGCUAGGAAGAUCACCAAGAGUGAAAUGGGCAUAACUCAUUUACAAAGAAUUGGUACUGGUCUAGUCCUCUCUAUCGUGGCCAUGGCCAUUGCAGCUCUUGUGGAGUCAAAGAGGAAAAGAGUGGCAAUGCAAACUGGACUGGUGAAUUCUAAAGAACCUCUUCCGAUCACAUUCCUCUGGGUGGCUUUGCAGUAUUUAUUCCUAGGCUCAGCUGAUCUCUUCAGCCUCGCUGGACUGAUGGAAUUCUUCUUUACAGAGGCACCAUUUAGCAUGCGAUCACUGGCAACAGCUCUCUCCUGGGCCUCACUAGCCAUGGGUUACUUUCUCAGCUCAGUGCUUGUAUCAAUUGUCAACCGCAUAACUGGGACCUUUCGGCACACACCCUGGCUAUACGGCAACAACUUAAAUCAUUAUCAUCUGGAAAGAUUUUACUGGUUGAUGUGCAUACUGAGUGGAUUGAAUUUCUUACACUAUCUCUUUUGGGCCUACCGCUACAAGUACAGAUCAUCCAAGCAUGAAGAAGACACAAAUUCAAACAAUAACAUGUCAUAAUAUAUGGGCUCAAUAAUCCUUGUCAUGAUGGAGCUUAGCUUCUUCACCACCCACAGUACUUCAUGGUAUUAUCAGUACCUAUAUAUUGAUGAUAUAUUAACAGCUCUAUUUCGGUAUUUUAGGCAUGUAUGCUCUUAAUAUUGAUAUAUUACCAUCUGCAGUUGUCUGAUUUGGAGUAA